UUUACUGGUUUAGGGACUACACCAUAGAACAGUUAAACUUCGCCGUGUCUGGUUUCCAUUCGAUUAGGUCUAAGCGACACGACGGAAGCAAUGGAAGUGGAGGCGGAGCCGGCGUUUGUGAAGACGGCACAAGAGGCGCUAGAUGAGACUCGUAGAGCAUUGGAGGAGAUCGCGGCGAAGAUUCUCUUCGUCAAGAAGGAAGGCAAGCCCAAAUCUGAGCUCCGGGAGCUCAGCACCCAAAUGUCCAUCUUGUUCAUCACCCUCCGUCAGUUGAACCGAACCAUAUUGGUGGAAGAAGACCGCAUAAAAGCUGAAACAGAGAGUGCAAAGGCACCGGUGGACUUUACAACGUUGCAGCUUCAUAACUUGAUGUAUGAGAAGAAUCAUUACCUGAAAGCCAUAAAUACAUGCAGAGAUUUUAGGUCGAAGUAUUCUGAUAUAGAACUUGUCCCUGAAGAAGAGUUCUUAAAAAAUGCACCAGAAGAUAUUAAAGAAAAAGUUCUGGCUAGUGAUGCAGCUCAUGAUUUGAUGCUGAAAAGAUUUAACUAUGAGCUUUUUCAGAGGAAAGAGUUGUGCAAGCUUCGUGAGAAGUUGGAGCAACACAAAAAAAGCCUUGUAGAGACCAUAGCAAGCCGGAAAAAAUUCCUUUCAAGCCUACCAUCACAUCUGAAAUCUUUGAAGAAGGCAACGUUACCUGUACAGCAGCAGCUAGGGAUUCUGCAUUCCAAGAAGCUAAAGCAGCAUUGUGCAGCUGAGCUGCUGCCACCUCCUCUUUAUAUUGUUUACUCACAAUUAUUGGCUCAGAAAGAAGCUUUUGGUGAGAAGAUUGAGAUGGAGAUCACUGGAAGUGUAAAAGAUGCUCAAACUUUUUCUCAACGGCAAGCAAGCAGGGAAAAUGGUACAUCAACUAAUAUAGAAAGCAUCCGGUUGGAUGAUGAUGCACCCGACGAAGAGGAAGAUGUUCAGAGAAGAAGAAAGAGACUGAAGAAGAACCUGCCUAAAGAAAAUGGAGACCAAGGAGGAAUACAGCAAACUCAUCCACUCAAAGUUUUUGUCCACAUUUUUGAAGAUGAUCUCCAGCCUAAAUCUCCAAAGCUUAUGUCCCUGAAGUUUGAGUAUUUAAUAAAAUUGAAUGUUGUAUGUGUUGGGGUUGAAGAUCCUGAGCAAGCUUCUGAUGAAAAUAUUUUGUGUAACCUUUUUCCCAAUGACACUGGCACAGAACUUCCACAUCAGACAGCUAAGCUAUAUGCUGGAGAUUUUGUAGUAUUUGGUGAUAAAAGUACUCGACCAUACAUGUGGGCACAGCAUUUAGCUGGCAUGGAUUUCUUGCCUGAGGUGCCUCCUCUCCAACAACAUAGCGAAAAUCUGAAGACUGAAGCGAGAAGUGCCAAUGUAUCUUCUGGACUCUCUCUUUAUCGUCGUGAGAACCGAGUGCAGACUGUUUUGCAAAGGAUCCGUUCUAGGAAAAAGGCUCUUAUGGCUCUUGUGGAGCAGCUCAAUUUCUUGGUGAAGCUCAAAUGGCCCUUGUUAGAUAAUGAAAAUGUUCCCUGGGCCUUGCACACCCCUCUUUGUAAUUUGCAGCAAUGGUUGCCAGUAAGACCUGUUGUUGAUUCCUCAGUAUCUGCUGUUACUGCUGAAAAACUUGUAGGUUCAGUAGGCCAUGAGCUUGACAGAAGAUCAGUUCCUCCAUCAGAAAUAGAGAGUGCAAGGGAAGAUGGGGAACUUCCAAUGGCACUACCAGCUACUGUAUUUCCAGAUGAUUCAAGUACAAAGAUUUCUAAUGUUUCUUCUGACCUUGAGAGUUCUAGAAGCCUGACUCUGAUUUCAAAAAACAUCACACCACCCAAGAUGGUCAAGUCGUCAAGUUUCGGUCGGCAUGAAGAUGAUUUGGAUCUUAUACUGGAUAUGGAGAGUGAUGUGGAGGAGAAAGUGUGCAUUGAGUCAGAAACCGAUAUUGUUGGUGCCACAGAGAAACCAUGGGUAGACCAUGCUGCAAGAGAAUUCCAUUUAGUUCUGUGUAGAAAGGAUGGAAACGAGCAGAUGCUAAAGUUGGAAGCUACGGUCAAGAUCAGUAUAGAAUACCCUCUCAGGGCCCCAUUUUUCAAGUUAAGAUUAUCACCAGAUGGUUCUCAAGAUAGUUUUGAAUGCUUUAAUGAACUUCGCGCCAUGGAGUCAGAGGUGAAUCUCCAUAUUCUCAAUAUUUUGUCUGUUGACAGUGAAAAUUACGUUUUAGCUCACCAAAUUCGUUGCUUGGCUAUGCUCUUUGAUUUGCAUUUUAAUACAGCACAUGAAAAAAGAAAAAGUAAUUCUGUGGUUGAUGCUGGACUUUAUAUACCAUUUAAUGAUAAUCUACUUGGGAGGGUUGUGAGAGGUAGGGAUCGCAGAAGGAUGCUUUCUUGGAAGCGCGUUGGAAGAAAUAAUCACAGUUCUUGUUGACUUGCAGGAGGACUGAAGUUGCUACAGGAACUGAAGAUCAGACGCCUUCAUGAACAAGCAAGCAGCAGGACCACACUCCAAACGCCACCAUCCGUGUACUUACUUCCAAUAAUCAUAAAGCCCUAUCGGCGGUGGAUUCUAUCA